UUUGGGUUCAUCUAAAAUAAAAUUUAGAAGUGAUAAAUUAUGGAUAGUAACUGAUUUCUUACACUUUGCAGUGUUCAUUGUUGUUAUAAAGGUAUUUAUCUUGGUAUACGUUUGCAGUAAAAGAGCUACAACACAAAGCAGCAAUGUUUGCCCAGACUCUCAAUUUCUGACACUAACCAUGGAUAAAUUCCUGAAUGACAUAGAAAGAGAGAAGCCUAUCAGAUUUACCUCUCAGCAGCUCAGGAUUGCAACUGAUAAUUUCACCAAUUUGCUAGGUUCAGGUGGCUUUGGAGCUGUUUAUAAAGGAAUUUUUAGCAAUGGAACCAUGGUGGCUGUGAAAGCUUUGCAUGGAGCUUCUGACAAAAGAAUCGAGGAACAGUUUAUGGCAGAAGUGAGUACAAUUGGAAGAGUUCACCAUUUUAAUCUGGUUCGACUUUAUGGUUUCUGCUUCGAGAGGGAUCUGAGAGCUCUUGUUUAUGAGUACAUGAAAAACGGUUCGCUUGACAAGCUUCUAUAUAGUGAAGACAAGAAAUUGGGAUUUGAACAGCUUCAGGAGAUUGCAGUAGGCACAGCGAAAGGGAUUGCUUACUUGCACGAAGAAUGCCAACAACGAAUUAUCCACUAUGACAUAAAACCAGGAAAUAUUCUCUUGGAUGCCAAAUUCUUCCCUAAAGUAGCUGAUUUUGGUUUGGCCAAGCUCUGCAACAGGGAAAAUACUCAUGUAACUUUGACAGGAGGAAGGGGUACUCCAGGAUAUGCAGCACCAGAACUUUGGAUGCCCUAUCCUAUAACCCAUAAAUGUGAUGUUUACAGCUUUGGGAUGCUACUGUUUGAAAUCAUAGGCAAGAGAAGGAACCUUGAUAGAAAUCUUCCUGAAAGCCAAGAAUGGCUUCCAAGAUGGGUGUGGAAAAAGAUUGAGAAUGGAAGAAGUCUUGUUGAGUUAAUGAUAGUCUGCGGAAUUCAGGACAAGAAUAGAGAUAUGGCUGAGAGAAUGAUCAAAACAGCUUUGUGGUGCGUGCAAUAUAAGCCGGAGUCGAGGCCUUUGAUGAGCAUUGUGGUGAAAAUGUUGGAAGGAGCAUUGGAGAUUCCUGCCCCUUCAAAUCCUUUUGCCCAUUUUUGGAGUGAGCCUCCUGUCCCUAACAAUAAUAUUUCUACCCACACAGCCUGGACUGGCAUCCCAUUUGAUUCAGAAUCCUCUUCAGUAGCAACAAGUUCUACUUUAGUAUGUGCAAAUGCAACUCCUAUAAUGAGAAAAUAUGGAAUUGAAAUGGCAUCCACCUAGUUAAACUGGAUACAUCUUUCUGUCAAAUCCUUCAGUUUUAUGUGUUAGUUAAACUAGAGCAGUUUCCAGUUUCAAGCUUUAGCUGUUGCUAUGCUGGAUCCCAAAUCCUAUGGCAAUUACACUUGCAUUACAACAAUUCACAGGCUUAUGAUCCAUCAAGGUACUCAGUCUAGAGUGGAAGCUAAUGACA